AUGACCAUGUGGCGUAUUUGGCACGUCCGUAACGAGAUAACUCAUCAGAAGAAUCCGCCCCCUACAGAAGCCUCUUGCAGAUUUCUCCAUGGGUAUAUUAAUUCUCUACUAUGUAUCCGACAACAUCCUAGAGCUGAUAUUGUUAAAGGCAAAAUGGUGGUGCAUUUGGGAAGGUCGGCUGCUACACAAAUUAAACAUAGUGGUGAGGAGAAGCGAUGGAUGCCACCAGCAGUUGGCUUGGCCAAGCUGAACAUGGACGGGAGCUACGUCCCAGCUACAGGAGCUGCUGGCGGAGGUAUGGUGCUGCGUGGCGCUGCUGGAGAGAUUAUUUAUACUGCUUGCAGGCAAUUACGUACAUGCACUAAUGGUUUAGAGGCGGAACUAGCUGCGUGCAGUGAAGGGCUGGCUCUUGCCCUCCACCGUAUUGAGUUGCCGAUUGUCAUUGAGAUGAAUAGUUUGGAGGCGGUGUCGAUGCUUAACUCGCGGUCCGUGGAUCGCUCGAACCAUCGUGUACUCGUACAAGAGAUUCUUGGGUUAAUUGCAGCUGACCCUCGAAAGAUUUCUAUUAGUCAUAUUAGUCGCUCUCAAAACACUGUUAGUCAUGCUCUUGCCGCUUAUGGUCGUAGUACCCCUCGCACCGCCGUGUGGUUGGGAUCUGGCUUGCACAACAUUGUAAAUCUUUGUAUGGCUGAACGGCCUCCUUGA